GUGUCAAAUGGCAUUGCUAUGCUGUGCACCAUCGCCAGACUUGUUUACAGAGCCUGGACGCGUUACUUCUGGUGGGAAGAUGCAUGGGCGGCAGUUGCACUGAUAGCAGACGUUCUCUGCCUGGCGUGUCUCUGGCUCGACCAAAGAAUGACUUGUGAGUGUUUGACUUCGCACUCCAAUAUUAAUCGUGUGUUCAUGAUGUUCCCAGCCUGGAUCCUCCCGGUAACGUUCACCUUCGUCCUGUGGGCUGCACGCAUGAGCAUCAUUUUCUCCGUCAUCCGCAUCGCCAACCACUCGGGCCACAAGUGCCUUAAACAGAUCACGUAUCUCAUUUCAGUGUCCUUUGCAUGUAUGUGGGCAGCGCUGAUCGCCCAGGAGAUGACCGUAUGCGAACUUCGCUCGUGCGUAACGCUGCCAUCGGUGGCGCUCUUGGAACUGAUCACGGACUCCUACGCGGAUAUUUCCCUCGUUGUUGCGCCACUCUGUCUCUGGAACAACGCAGGGCUCUCGCGUAGCAGACAAAUAUCAAUCCAAUCUGUGUUCAGCGCAUCUCUUCUAACUACCAUCGUCACAAUCAUCCACUCCAUAAACCUCCCUAUGGGCCACACGUCGACCACGCUUAUCUUCGCGUAUGUCAGAGCUGCCCUCAAUCUAUUCAUAUGCAAUAUCCUGGUGAUCGUGACCUUCUUAUACCGCAUGUGC